UGGGGCCCCCGGGCAAUAGGGGAUCAUGGGGCCCCUGUGUCCUUGCCCAAACUCAAAAAAGCCUAUGAAAAAGGUACCAGGGGCAUCUCAUGGGGCCCCCUACUGAUCCCAGGCCCUCGGGCAAUGACCAAGUUUCCAAAUUUCAGCCAGCAGGCUGAUCAGAUACAAAACAAAUGGAUUCCCCCAUCCACACAAACAGGGGUGGACUGACAACUCAUGGGGCCCCCAGACAAUAGGGGGAUCAUGGGGCCCCUGUGUCCUUGCCCAAACUCAUAAAAGCCUAUGAAAAAGGUACCAGGGGUAUCUCAUGGUGCCCCCUACUGACCCCGGGCCCUUGGGCAGUGCCCAAGUUUCCAAAUGGUCAGUCCGCCCCUGUACACAAAUGAGCGCUAUCUGUCUAAAAAAAAA